AUGGUUCUGUGGUCUAGUUGGUUAUGGCAUCUGCUUAACACGCAGAACGUCCCCAGUUCGAUCCUGGGCAGAAUCAUUUUUUUUUUUUUAGUAUCAUUCAGUAUAAUUCUAUUCAAAUGCUUCUUCCUUUGCUCCCUAAGUCUCGAGUCUUGGGUAUAA